AAUAUGGCGGCGGGAGAUCUGUUCAACAUAGGCCUCAACAAAAUGCUACUGACGGCGCACCUCGCGAGUGUCGUCCUUCUAGUGGCCAGUGACGUCAUGAAGACCAACAUCUACCUACCCACACAGCCCCCGUUGGAGCAAGUGAACAAAACUUGUCUCGGUGACGAUUUGGACCAGGAGAAGCUGUUCAUCCAUCCCGUUCCAGAGCGUUACAGCGGGAAAACAAUCAUGUAUUACACGCAGGAGUUUAUCAAUGUGACCUGCACAAAAAUGGCUUUAAGGAACGACCUUCAGUGGACGUGGAGGAAGCUGUGCCCAAGGUCAAACAAAUCGUUGCCAUGGCACUACCCCAAUCACGUGACCAGGCGCAGCUACAAGGUCAGCGACAGGCGGCACAACUGCAGCGCCGUCUACAUGCACAGGACCACUCUACUGCUCCUGUUCACCAAUGGGAUUGAUGGCUGCACGCUGGUGUGCAGUUUAGCUGACCCAGUCGACAUGGUUGUCUCAUCCAUGAACGUGACCUUAAGGAAAACAGAAGACACGUCACUCCGUCUAGCCAUGGCCCUGGGUCAGGCCGAGUGUCUCGACCACAUGAAGCUGGUGACCGUCGUGAGUGUCGUCAUGGGGUUCCUGGUCCAGCUGAUCUACUUCACCUGGUACUUCCUCCAGCGGUACCUGGGCGCCAACCAGGCCGACAAGAAGGUGGUCAGCGCCGACAAGAUGCCGGCUAGUGUGGUACAGCAGCACUACUCCACUAUGGGGGCCUUGUGA